AUGGCCGAUUUCGACUACGAGAAGAACGGCGAAGCACUCGUCUGGAACGACAGAUAUGCAGACAAUGAUGUCCACAAGAUCGUCACAACUGCCGACGGCGAGGUCGCGGAGAACCCGGACCAACUUCAUCGUCGUCUGAACAACCGUCAGAUCCAACUCAUUGCUAUCGGAGGCUCCAUCGGUACCGCCCUGUUCGUUAGUAUCGGCUCUGGACUCGCCAAAGGAGGACCGGGAAGUCUGUUCCUCGCCUAUGUCAUCUACGCAUGUUUCCUGGCUCUGGUCAACAAUGGAAUGGCUGAGAUGACUGUGCUCUAUCCAGUCUCUGGUGGUUUCAUCCGUAUCGCUGGCCACUUUGUCGACGAAGCUUUUGGUUUCAUGGCUGGAUGGAACUUCUUCCUCUACGAGGCUCUACUCAUCCCCUUCGAGAUCACGGCUUUGACGACCGUACUUGGCUUCUGGCGUGACGACAUUCCUCCGUGGAGCGUUCCCAUCGCCUGCAUUGUAAGUUCUCACGUGAGCCACAGUGUAGACCUCACGACUCACAUUACUGGACAGGUCUUGUACUUCCUGAUCAACGUACUGGCAGUACGAGCAUAUGGUGAAGCCGAGUUUUGUAAGACCACAAAGCAUACCACUGGAACGACUUGCGCUAAUCUGCAGAAAAGGGCUGUCGGGCGGAAAAGUCGUCUUGAUAUUUUUGCUCUUCGCUUUUACAUUUGUGACGAUGGUGAGUUCUUAGACUUCUUGUACUAAUAAACUUGCUUACAUCUCUAGGUUGGCGGCAAUCCUCGACACGACGCCUAUGGCUUCCGUUACUGGAACCAUCCUGGCUCAUUCGCAGAGUACCGAUCGACUGGCACUCUCGGCCGAUUCGAAGGAUUCCUCGGUUGUCUAUGGAGCGCCUCCUUCACGAUCGUCGGACCAGAGUAUCUCUCAAUGGUAUCUGGUGAGGCAAAGCGGCCUCGUGUCUUCAUCAAGACGGCUUUUAAGACCGUAUAUGCUCGAUUCGCCAUCUUCUUCAUCGGAGGUGCGCUCGCUGCCGGUAUUGUUGUUGCGUACAACGACCCCACCCUCGUUGCGAUCCUCGCUGGAAAGAAGAGCGGAAGUGGUACUGCUGCGGCUUCCCCUUAUGUCAUCGCCAUGGUUAGACCACCAAGGAUGCCAUUGUGACUGACGCCUUGCGCUAAUUCGGCAAUGACAGGACAACCUUCGCAUCCACGGACUGCAGGAUCUCGUCAACGCCCUGCUCGUCACCUCGAUCUUCAGUGCCGGCAACACCUACACCUACUGCGCCUCCCGCAGCCUCUACGGAAUGGCGCUCGAGGGCAGAGCGCCGAGGAUCUUCCGCUACUGCACCAAAGGCGGUGUCCCCCUCAUCGCCCUGCUCUUCACCAUCAUCUUCCCCUGCCUCUCCUUCCUGCAGGUGAGCAGUGGCUCCGAAAAGGUGCUCGGCUGGCUCAUCAACCUCGUGACCGCGGGCGGCGUCAUCACCUACAUCGUCAUGUGCGUCACGUUCAUCUGCUUCUACAACGCCUGCAAGGCACAAGGGCUCGAUCGACGCAAUCUCCCUUACCGCGGUUACUUCCAGCCUUACUCGGCCUACCUUGGUCUGGUCUGGAUGAUCAUGAUUGUCACUUGCUAUGGGUAUUCGAGCUACGCGCCGUGGAGCACGGAAAACUGGUUCAUUUACUACGCCAUGGUCAUUGUCGGUGAGUCCGUCCCAGCCCUACGAAUCUCGAGAAGAGCACGCUUGCUAACCCUGCCUCCUCCAGCCUUUGCCACCUUCACCUUCUGGAAACUCAUCAAGCGCACGAAAUUCGUCAAGCCUGCCGAGGCGGACCUCGUCUGGUAAGUUUUCCUGAGAGCCAUCUUGAUGAGAUAUAGGCUGACGUUGCGUGUGAUCCCAGGGAACGGCCGACCAUCGAUGCGUACGAGGCUACGUUUAUCGACCCUCCGAUUGGUUUCUGGCGGGAAUUGCUGCAGCUCGUGGGCAUCGGGAGGAGCUUGAAGAAGACGGAUCGCAGACGGUCGAGUGUGGUGCAGCCGGCUGCAUGA